AUGCACACGAAGCGUGGAUGCAGCUUGAGCGAUGAGCGAUUGGGUGCGGACGUGAUGUCCAUCGGAAGGUUGGUCGGUUUCGUUGACAGGGACAAGUUGCACAAGGCUUUCAAGGUCAUCAUGGACUACCUGGCGGUCAUCGUCAACAGCGACAACACACGGCUGAGCCAACUACGGAAUGCCUACUACAAGGUACAAUCUGAUGUCGUUGCUGAGGUGAUGGCGAACUACUAUAGCUGGGAGAAGUUCGCCCGGAAUGUGUGCGGCAAUGUUGAAGAUGACGAUAUGCAGGUCGUCCUCAUGAACCUAGGCCGUCUGGUUGAUCUCAGCGACCAGAAUUUCUACCCGAGCUUGAUGGAAGUUCCCCGCAUGGUCAACGAUGCUCUUUCGAAGACACGGCCAGAAUCCCAAGCGCAGUUGCCAGGCGGCACGACCCCCAACAUUCCAAAGAUGACAGCUGAUGCCACGGCCCUCCAGUCGUGCCGAACUUGGACGUGUUCUUGCCGACUUCGUGGACCCCGUGCAUGA